UUGAUCGUGUGUGCGUCUGUGUGCGCGGGUGCGGAAGCGCUCGUGAUUAUUGUUGGCUCUCCCCCUCCUCACUUCAGCGAGGCGCCACGACUUCUAUCGCGCCCUGGUGCAAGGGGCGGGCUUGAACGACAUGCGCAGGUAUGCGGGCUCGGAGAACGUCCGGGUGGAUUUGCGGGUCGGCCGUUCUGCAUGGAGAUGUCCGGCCACGACCUUGUCCUGGCCGCCGAGCACGAUUUCCUAGACGAUAGACAGAGGGCGUUCGGUGCACCCUUUUGGCGACCAGGCCGCGGUGUUCUUCCUCCCGAACCAAACGUGCGUGCGGCCACCUCGGCGGGGACUGCACCCUUGAAGGCAGCCCCCCUACUACGUGCACCUGAUGGUGCACAGUUCCGCCCUGCCGCCGGUACUGAACGCGACCUGCUCGCCACUGCGCCCGGACGGUCUCAACGUAUGCUUGACCAGAAAGGGCGCGGCAGCUGGGAUCGCCCCUUCGUGGGCCUGCCGCGGGGCUCAGCCCCGUGCGGCUUCGCCGCCGGCAGGCGCUGCGGGCGCAGGCGGCCAGCCCCCCGUGGGACCCCAGGCAGCACGCCCCCGCGCGCGGCGGCAGCGCUCGCGGGCGGCCCCCUCGCCCCGCGGCCUGAGCGCGAAAGCGAGGCGGUGCCGCUGGCACGCGCAUCGACGUGCCCGCCACGAGUUUCGUGGUGGUGACGGCGGAGAGGCAUGGAGCGCGCACGGCUGGCCAGCGGGACCACGCGGGGCCCGCGGCCUUGGUCGAUUUUGGUUCUAGAUCUCGAGUCUGCACGUCGGUCGAUGUCGAUGGAUUCCCGCGCAGGCUGCAGGGCCCAUUGCGAUCGACCUCGGCUGGCUCCAUCCCAUGCCGAUGCGCAUCUCGACGCUCGCGUGCUGAGGUUGGGCGUUCCGGCGCGGCCGAUCCUGUUCGUCGUCUCCGCUCUUCCUUGCGUUGCCGCUGUCUCAACUCCCCCCGCUCCGAACAUGAGCCCUGGCCACGGGGUCCCAGCCACGGUCGGCGACCGACGUCGGAUCUGUGGACCCCCGCCGCUGCCGCCCGCGCUGGGCGACAGGUGUAGCAGGACCCCGUGCCCGCCGGCGGUCCGACGGCGCUCCGGCUCCUGAGCGGCCGUCGCGGGCGGCCGGCCGCUCGCUCGCCACGGGGCCCACGGGGUCCUGAGCCGGUCGGGCCCUGACGUCCUCCUCCUCCUCCUCCUCCUCCUCCUCCUCCUCCUCC